AUGAGUGAAGAUCAAAUCAUGUCAGGAGCCUCUGAGGCUGCGCAAAGACAAGUUCGAGUGCAGCUCACCAGUCAGCAGGAGGAUAUUGCUCUGCCUGAGAGCACCGGCCCAAUUCUCGUUCCUACCGGUCUUCGCCGUUAUGCGCUGUCGACACUGGUGAACAACCUUCUCUCGAGCGAGAAGCCGAUCCCAUUUGAGUUUUUGAUCAACGGAACUUUUCUGCGGACCUCGAUUGACGAAUAUUUGGUCGACAAUGGUAUCUCUGCUGAGACAACCCUCGAGAUUGAAUAUGUUCGGGCUUUGAUCCCUCCUCUGCACAUCGCCUCUUUCCAGCACGACGACUGGGUCAGCUCCACUGACGUCCUUUCCACCACUUCACCUGCUGCAUCUUGGGCAUCAGGCGCAACUGUCAAGAAGGGCCAAGAGAGAAUUCUUUCCGGAAGUUACGACGGUCUCAUUCGCAUCUGGAACAUGUCAUCCGAGACCAUUGCGACAUCCCCUGCUGCCACCGAGGGCGGCCACACUGCCUCCAUCAAAGCCGCCAAGUUCGUUUCCCCGAACCAGAUUGCUUCGGCAGGUCUUGAUCGCACGGUCCGAUUGUGGAAGUAUACCGAGGACGAGGGUGGCUUCGCUGGAAAGAUCGCUCCCCAGCUGGAGCUGUACGGUCACAAGUCUGGGGUCGAGUCACUAGCUGUGCAUGCGCAGUCCAACCGUCUGUUGACUGGCUCGUCAGACCACACUGUCGGAUUCUGGUCAACCAAGAAGGCCGACGCACCUGCCGCACCAGAGAACUUGCUUCCCUCUAACGCUCGCAACUCGAAGCGACGCAAGCUGAACUCGUCUGUCAGCACCGCCCAGCGCGGCCCUCUGAAUCUGUUGUCGGGACACACUGCACCCGUUUCCGCCGCCAUAUUUGACGCAAAGGAUGCCACAGUUGGUUACUCUGCCUCCUGGGACCACUCUCUGCGCACCUGGGAUUUGGUCACUGGCGGUCUAGUUGACACUCGUACCACUUCACACUCGCUUCUCUCGCUCGAGCACCUCCCCGAACUCAACCUCCUGGCUGCAGGUACUGCCGCCCGUCAUAUUACCCUGAUUGAUCCUCGCGCAUCUGCCACAACUGUGGCAGCUAUGACUCUCCGUGGCCACACCAACGCCGUUGUGAGCUUGGCUCGCGACCCUCACAGCACAUAUGGUCUCAUUAGUGGCAGCCACGACGGCACAUGUCGCAUCUGGGAUAUCCGGUCUACCAAGACUGACAAGGAAGGUGUUGUUGGAGAGAGUGUCUACUCUAUUACGCGGAAGAGCCUCGAGGAGGAGGGCAAGGCCGACAGCAAGCGUGUUGGUGGUGAAGGUGUCAAGGUGUUCAGCGUGUGCUGGGACAAGACGAUUGGAAUUGUCAGCGCUGGUGAGGACAAGCGGAUCCAGAUCAACCGCGGAGAGGGUGUCUUGUCCUCAAAGGCAUGA